AUGAGUCAUAACUUAGAGGUGGAUGUGCUGUGUAAGGCAUAUGCUGUAGAAGCAUUAGUACAGUUAAUUUGUCUUCUUUUUUUGACAGGAGUUUCAGUGGCUUCAAGCAGUGCAGGAGUACCAGAUAUCAGUGGCUCAGUGUAUAAUAAAGCUCAGACUUUUGAUAAGCAGGGAUUCCAUGCUGGCACACCACCUCCUUUCAGUCUCCCUUCAGCACUUGGAUCUACUGGACCCUUAAAUCCUGGUGGUGCUCCUGGCUAUGCUCCAGCACCUUUCCUUCAUAUCCUACCAGCGCAUCAGCAACCUCAAUCCCAGAUGCUGCAUCACCACCUCCAGCAAGAUGGGCAGGGUGGAUCUGGUCAGCGCAGCCAGCAAAACAGUAUGCAGCAGAAGACUCAGGCUAACAAAACCAACUAUGGAAACUCUCCAUACUGGGCAAAUUAAAGUUUAGAUGAAAAGAACUGAAUGCAGGUGUCCAGUUUUUAGGACCCACCUUUAUUAACAGAUGAUGAAAAAGCAAAUGGGCACAGCCAAAUGUCUCUGCUGGGGGGAGACAGAGACCUUCAAACACGUCCUCAGAUGUGAUGACUAUUGCCCGCUUCUUUGAUUUGCUGUUAUAUGUAAUAUAUUUAUGUAUGUAUUUGUACAUGUAAUAGUAGAGCCUCUAUGUGGUUUCUGCAUUUUUGCAGCCUUUUUUCCUUUGUAGGAAAAAAAAAUAACCUACCAACCCAAACUUCCUCUGCAGCAGUGUAUAGUUUUCUUCAAGCUCUAUGAACUUUUUAUCUGUGCAGUUAGAAGUUGGGGUCUUCUUUAUUUAAUGCAGAUUUCUGUUUCAUUUUGAUCUGUUUUUUUUUGUUUUGUUUUUCCUAGUUAAGACUGUGAAAGAUCCAGCAAAACGGGGAAAAAGAAAUUGGGUUGUCUUGUAAACGCUUUUACCCUUUUUCAUUCACAUCAGAACUUGAGUUUUAUAUCAUCAUAGAGUCCAUAUAUAUAUAUAUAUUUUUAUUUAACAAAUUUAAGAAAAAUGUGAUGGACACUGAAAACUGAUUUGUGUGUUCAUAAGCAGUCACCGUCUUAUUUUUAGCAUUUUGUUUUAAUUUCAGAGCCAUUACAGAAAGUAUUGAUAUUUUGAAGAAAUAUUUAUUUCUUAAAUGCAGAACCUCAACAUGUUGUAGAAGUUAUGUAAAUGAAAUAAUUGGCAUUAAUUCUUAACCUCCCUCUCCCUUCAAACAGAAGACAGAUUCUUUUCCAAUACUAUCAGACUCAACUAGAGCAAUGAUCUUCACCUCUGCCCUUUAUAAACUUGAAUAGACUGUGUUUGAGGAAAAUAUGCUCUAUUCCUAAUGCCCUGCAGUGAGUAUGGUACAUGUUUUAGAAAUUUAAUUUCUUUUUAACCCUUAUGCCACCUAAUAAAGUUCUGAGAGGUUA